AUGCCCUCCUCUUCGCACUCUCUGCCAUCGCCAGAGUCGCCGGCUCUCAAAGCCAGCGACCUGCCGUCGGACAACUACAGCGAAGGAACUCUACCCAGUGUCUCGGUCGGGGGCGUCGCCGCCUUUGGCCCGACCAGUAGCCGAGACGCGCCUCCUAUCGGCGAGACCGCAGAGGCCGGAGGCUCACAGCCGCCUGUGUCGACUGCCCUCAGAGAUCACAGUCGUCGCUGGUCCUCUGUUCGAACACCGCGUCCCUCGUACCAGAGCGGUGGCAACAUCUACUCCGUAGGAUACGAUGCAACUUCCCCCGGACCUGUACCCGACGGUGCGCCCGAGGCUUGGCCGGGGCCUUCUCCGAGGUAUCCCGCGCCCGAACAUGGGCCCGAGGGUUCUCCGAAGAAUUCUGCGCCCGAGAGUGCGCCCGAGGGUUCUCCCACGCAUUCCGCCUUCUCGUUCGAGACGGACCGUGAAGAACCACAUGUCGGGCGUUGGUCUGGGGAUGUGUCUCCGCUUUCUCCUAGGAACUCCCUCGUCACAUUGUGGAAUAUCUCUGAAGAAUCAGAAGCCAAUCGCCCUCUUGAGGCGGUGACCCCCGUUACCACUCCUCAGUUCUUAUCCAGCGAAACCAACGUCACCUCCAGAACUGGGACCCCCGAGGCCCCUGAACCGACUAUUCGCAUCUGCAACCCCAAGGACAAGGGCAAAGCUGUGGCCGAUACUCAAAUUCACAGCCCGGGCGGCACACAGAUCGCCGAUGGCUCCACCACGAGUGCAGGCGCUGCAUCGGGGAUGAUAAUAGCUGAUGCGGUUGACGGCUCCUCAGGUGGGCAUUGCGGUGGCAUAAUCGCAGCCUUCGGCCCACCUAGUGACGUGGAGUAUUCCAACGGUGGACAGAGGGGUGGGAACACCGCAGCCCUGAAGUCCUUCUACCCAGCUCGUCCUGUGGGGGGUCACUCUAGUGGACAGAGACAUGCGAAGUUCGCAGCCUUCACCUCACCUACUGCUGUGUACGGUUCCUCCGAUUCCUCCGAUUCCCUCGAUUCCUUCGAUGAACAGCUAAACAAGGAAGUUGCAGCUGCCUUCAAGCACUUCGAGUCACCUGCUGUUGGGGGUCCCUCCAGUGGACGGACAUAUGGGGAAACCGCAGGAUGCAACCCACCUAGUGCUGCGAGAUAUUCCUCCGGCGGACAGAAAGACGCUGAAGCUAGUGCUGCGAGAGAUUCCUCUGGUGGACAGAGAGACGUCAAACCUAGUGCUGCGAGAGAUUCCUCUGUUAGCCUUAGUAGAAGUAUGACGACGAAGCUUCGCCACAUCUUCGUCGGCAGAGAGGGCGGGCGGAGACACAAGUUGCGAAAGAAAUCGGCGUCAACAGCAGAAUCCAACGACCCGCCAGAACCUGCUGCUCGGGAACCAGUGCCUGAACGCCAUGUCCAUUUUGAAUAA